CAUUCAAAUCUGCGAGUGACAUGCCCGACAGCAGUGCGGCCGCCCACUCUCUCACAGGCUGGGUGAAUCUUAAUUGUGUAAUGUUCAUUGACGAGUCAGCACAAUGCUGCUGAGACCGCGGUGGCGCACCGAGCCGAACCGAGCAGAGCGAUGAAAUGCUCCCACCACGGAGGACGCAGAUGGACAGCCUGGUUCAGCCGCUUGUCGCCCAGUACCUCGCCAUGGGGUGUCAGUCAAAGGAGAACCAAAACGAAAGCAUAACGACAGACGACAAGAGGAAAGACGAUGUGAGGGUGACUCCAGGAUGUACCCCAAACAGGUCUAGAGUUUCUCCUCCAGGCCGUCCUCACAAGUUCCACAAACCCAUCCCAACCCAGAUCACUCCAAGCAAACCAUUAAUGUCGCUGGGACACCUCACCAAAGGGGCAAGCUGGGAAGAACUCAUCCAGGCUUGUCUGGAAUCAUUUGACGCAGAUGGUUGCGUGAGGAAGACCAGCCACGUGCUGAACAUCACCUUGACCAUGCACCGCCUCCUCAUAUCGUCCAGCGACCUGCUGGAGAAACUCAUCAAUCACUUUAAAACAGCUGUGGACAAUGAUCAGCCAGGAGAGUGCCAGAGGAUAUGCUACCUCAUCAGACAUUGGAUUCAGGAAUUCUGGAUGAUAUUCCGCUUGCCCCACAGCUUGUCCGACAGCCUGAAUGACUUCCGGGAUCUGCUCAGAGAACACGGACAGGAGCAUCUUUGCUCUCUCCUAGAGACCAAAUGGAUAAAUGAACGAGAACGGUCGUGGAAGGCUAGCCUGAGGCUCCAACCUCACUAUAGUAAAAAGAGGAAAGUUUCUCUUCUUUUUGAUCACCUGGAACCCAGUGAGUUGGCUGAGCAUCUCACCUUCUUGGAGUUUAAAUCCUUCUGUAGAAUAUCAUUUGUAGACUAUAUAAAUUAUAUUCGAAGCUGCUGCAUGAAGGACAUCCCUGUGCUGGAGCGUUCCAUCGCCCUGUGCAAUGGGAUUUCCCAGUGGGUUCAGCUGAUGGUGCUGAGUCGGCCAACAGCUCAGCUGAGAGCUGAGGUUUUCACCAAGUUUAUCCACGUUGCACAGAGUCUACACCUUAGGCACAACUACAACACACUAAUGGCAGUGGUGGGAGGGCUGUGUCACAGCUCGAUAUCAAGACUGAAAGACACCACAUCACAUGUACCCAAUGAAGUCACCAAGGUGCUAAAUGAGAUGACAGACCUGCUGUCCUCCUGCAGAAACUUUGACAACUAUAGACAAGCUUACAACAGGGUGACGGGUUUUAAAAUCCCCAUCCUUGGUGUCCAUCUCAAGGACUUAAUUUCAGUCAACGAGGCCAUGUCAGACUAUGUGGAGGACAACAAGGUGAAUGUCCAGAAGCUCCAGGCACUUUACAACCAUAUUAAUGAGCUCAUUCAGCUGCAGCAGAUCCCAUCCGAACUGGACGCAAAUAAGGACCUCGUUCAUCUGUUGACGCUGUCCUUGGACCUCUACUAUACUGAAGAUGAGAUUUAUGAGCUGUCUUACGCACGGGAACCAAAGAACUGUAAAGCACCCCCAGCCACCCCUUCUAAACCUCCAGUAUACGUGGACUGGGCAUCAGGAGUGGCUCCUAAACCCGAUCCCAGAACCAUCAGCAAACAUGUGCAGAGGAUGGUAGAUUCUGUCUUUAAGAACUACGAUCUAGAUCAGAAUGGCUUUAUUUCUCAGGAGGACUUUGAGAAAAUUGCGGCAAGCUUUCCUUUCUCCUUCUGUGUUAUCGACAAAGAGAAGUGGGUAUUUGACAGAAAAGGCCUUGUGAGCAGAGAGGAGAUCACGGCUUAUUUUAUGCGAGCCAGUGUUAUCUGCUCCAAACUGGGCCUGGGUUUUGUUCACAACUUCCAGGAAACAACUUACAUGAAACCCACCUUUUGUGACAACUGCUCAGGGUUUUUAUGGGGCGUCAUCAAACAAGGCUACAGAUGCAGGGACUGCGGGAUGAACUGUCACAAACUGUGCAAGGAUCAGGUGGCGUUCGAGUGCAAGAAGAACAACAAAGCGGCCAACACUGUUGACAGUCCGACACCAAACUCCACGCCUGUUGCAACAAGUGCCUCAGAGGGUUCAGAGGAAUGUCCUUUCCCCUAUCCAUCAGAUGUGAGGAGAGACUGGAGCCCAGAAUCCCCAAUCACCCCCAACUUGAGGCCCGCAAGAGUCCAUAGCUACACCCAGACAGAGGGGCCUCAGUUUUCCUCCAUCACCCCUGAAGCCACCCGUCUUCAGUCUUCUCUCCUUGUCCCCGUCCCACCCAGCCUCCCCUCCUGCCCAAGCCCUUUGCCCAUGAGAAAACAAAGAUACUGUGCCAAGUGGGAGAACAGAGCCUCCAUCUUGCAAAAGCCCAAAGAGCCAGUGGAGGAGAACAAACCCACCUAUGAAUCUGUGGAAUCUGAAAAUCUGAGACUCCAGAAAACAAACGAGACACUACGAAGGAAACUUAAAGAGGCGGAGCGGGAAGUGGAAAUGUUAAAGGCAUUGCUGAAGAGACACGCUCUCCAUCCUGUGGAGGAGGAUUCCUCCUCUUAGACUUAAACUCCAGAGAGACUGGUGCCGCCCACCUAUGGUGGAACAUAUUAAUUUCUAUUUAUUGAUCAUGGACAGUAAACGUGUUUUACAAGUAAAAGUGCAUCUCAAUAAACUACAAUAUCAUUGAAAACUUUCUUUAUUUAGGUAAUUUAACUGACAGUGAAACUCAUAAAUUAUAUAGAUUAAUUAUACACAGAAUGAUAUAAUCCAAGGAUUUAUUUGUUUUAAUUUUGAGUUUUUAUUGCUUGUAUGCAAUAAAAACUCAACAUUCAGUGUCUCUCAAUAAAAAAGUUUUUUUUAUACAUAUUUGUUAUGGUAUGGCUUACACAAUCAGGUGGAAGACUGCCAUCAGUGUGACAGUUGUCUAACAGACACUAAUUGACACAUGCAGGGUAUUUCACAAAGUGCUAUUCACAGUGCUAGCACAUUUCUGAAAAGUUAGGUGGAAAGAAAAAAACUGGUUGAAAACGGCCCACAAACAACACAUAUCACUCUGUAUUUCAUGAUUCAUGAGUCUCACUUUUUACAAUUGAAUUACGGAAAUAAAAUAACAUUUUAAUCAUAUUCCAGUUUAUUGAGAUGCAUCUGUAUACAGACAGUCAGACGACUUGGCAUACUGUGAUAAAAAGUGAAAUUAUGUUUUAGUGCUGAUAGUGUAUGGAUUUUUUAACAACUACAUUGCAGGAUGAAGUAACAAUUUGUUAAUCAUUUUCGAUGGCCUGCAUCAGAAUUGCUCUACAUUAUUAAAACAGUUUAAAGAGUUACAGCUAGGCAUGGGCCAGUAUGAGAUUCUGACAUGUUAAAGCUGAGUAAAAAUACAACAAUUUAAUGGUAUUACAGUAUUUAGGCGGAAAAAUGUAAAACAAAAGUGUGAAACAUGAUCUAAUUUAUUUUAUUUAAAACAACAAUACAACUAUUAUUCUGACUACUGCCAAAAUAUUAAAAUAGUCUACUACUUGAUUUUUACAGGGUUUGAGAAAGGUCUUAAAAGGUAAUUAAAAUCUAAUCUUCAUUUAGGUCCUAAAAAGUCUUAAAUAUAUCCAGACUUAUACAAGGGCUAAAACUACAUUUAAAUAGGUUUUAAAUUACAAUGUUUGUACAUUGCUAGCUUUGUCCAUUUAACUCUUUUGGUUCUUUUGUUUUAUUUUUUUAAGAAACGCACUGCUGGCCAUAAUUUGUUCUGUUUGUUGUAGUUCUGUCAGAUGAGCUGCGGUGUUAUUAACUGGGACAAAACUAUAAUGCCCAGACUUUUACCUUUCUGUGUAAACCCUCAAAGUUUACUCCUGAGCUGGCUUAUUGUAAGUCAAAAACAUUCCUGUUACAUUAUAAGCUACCAGAUCCUUUGUCAUAGAAAAUUAACAAGCUUCGGCAUGACAACAUGGAUUAUAAUAGCUAAAACAUUUUGUCAAAACUUAUUAAAGCACUGGAAUCACAUGCCAGAGUUCAAAAACACUAACUUGACAAAGUUAGGUUUAACCAACUCCAUUUCUAUAAACGAAAUGUGUUAGUUCUUAACCAGGUAAAUUAUUAAGGUAACUUUCAAAUAAGUUUUCAUAAUUGUUUUGGAUGUAAAACUAAAAUUAUAAUGAUCUUAAAUGUGUAUAAAAUUUUAAUUCCUGGAAUUUGCAGAAGCCUUUUGUUGUUACUGUUCAAAGGAUGGUGGCUAUACUUUUGUUUAUUGUUUUAAGACAUAAGUGUAAGUAAAAUUAUAGUAUAAAUACUUGAUCUAGUAGCUAGAUGCUAUAGUCCAGCUAUCUGUUCAGAGAGCUAGCCUGCAGUGGGCUCCUUGCUAAUCGUAGUUUCAAAACACUGCUAACUUGAUAAGAGUGAUGGGUGGGGCUAUUUCAGUGUCCACUCUAUGACUGUUCAGAAAUAUUUCCAAACAGCAGAAUCUGUCUUUCCAUCACGCAAGAAAAAACUCUGGCAACCUUCUUUCAGCCAGCUGACCAGCAGUGCACAGCAGGUGGGGGAAGGGCAGUGCCAUAGUAUUCUAUGUUCCAAACAAGGUGGAGAAAAUUCUGGUAAAAAUGAUUUUGAACAGUAGGAAAAGUAGGACAAAUGUCAUGGUUUCAAAACCAUGACAUUUUAAAACCCCGAUAGCGGUAACUGGUCCAUGCCUAGUUAGGGCAAAUGAGCCCUUUUCUCACAGGCGUGGGUGUUUCUCACAUGUGGUGAAAAAAAAUGAUUUUGUCUCUGUCAAAAGACAAGAAAGAUAAGCCUUGAUCCAAUCAGCAAAUGCAGUAUUUAAGAAAGUACAGCAAAAAGUGUUUGAUCAAUUCUUGAUCAGUUAGUUAACUUAAAUAUUUAUGUUAAACAUAAUGAAACAGAAACUGGUUGCUGCAUGAAAACAAGCAUGUGUUGCAGGAAGCAUAUGAGAGAUGAGUUACUACCAGCGACGAUAAGAGGCCACCAUAUUUUAUCUGCAGACUAAAAAAUUGGCCACUCCAAUCUUCAGAACUGUUGUUGCUUUGUAUUACUUUUUUCAGUGCAUUGCUAAUAUUUAUUGUCUGAGACACUACACAGUUCCUAUACUGAAUAAGAAAAUGUCAUUUUUUGUACACAAUAGAGGUACUUUUGCUGACUUAUUUAUGCCCCUGCCCUGCAUACUGCCUUCAUAUUUUUUGUUGUGCAGCUGUAUCAUUUUAUUACUAUGUGGUCUACUGUAGCAGUGUUGUACUGUAAAUGAUGGUCAAGAUUAAUGUUUUUGCAUUGUGUCUAAUGAACUGUAAAUACAAAGUAUACACAUAUUAUGCCAUAUUAAUUGUGUCUAGUUUAACCCCUAUCCUCUCUGUAUUGUUCUCUUAUUGUUCUAAUAAAAAAUGUGCAAUCUGGAUUGUAA